ACCACCAAUGCAGUUACAUUCAACAAUGAAUACGUACAAUGGGAAUUCUCACAACGGUCCAAAUCCAAUAUCUUCAGCAAAAGGGACCGCGUCAAUGCAUCACCCUGCAUUUGUAUCACAACAACAGCAGCAACUGCACCAUUCAUCCAUAACUUCCCCCUUGGGAUCUAACAUGCCGCCGACCCGUCCAACAUCCGCCUAUUAUCAUAGUGCCUCCAACGCCAAUAGCAGCGGAGCAGCACCGACAAGCAAUGAUCAACUGCAACAGCACUUGGUCUCUCAACAACAACAAUUUACACACCACUCACUUAACAUGAGUGCUAGCAGUAGCAAUUUGAAUAGUGGCAACAUGUCAGCGACAGCUCUGCAACAAUACCAACAGCAUCAACAACAACAGAUUUUAUCAAAAAUGGCGCCACAAUCCUCACUAACGAUGGGAAACCGAUCAAGGAGCACUCAGAAUUUCAAUCGCGACAUGCAGAAUCAACAUAGUCUGCGCAUGCAACAAAUGAUGGCGCCUUCAAUGCCAAACAUAAGUAGCGCAUCCCAGCAGCAACACAUGUCAGCUAGCCAGAGUAUGCAGAAUGUAAAUAUGAGCGGUGCGGACCCUACACUAGGGUACCAAAAUGGCGCUGGAGGUGAUGGUUAUAUACAGCAGCAACAUUCACCUGCCGGGCAGACGUUUCGUCGCAAUCCAUUAAACGAGUUCAUGUCUCAGGGCGGUGGCGAUGGAACUCAACACUCUCCACAUAUAAUGCUGCAGCAACAGCAAAACUUUAUUUCGUUACCCCCGAAACCUGGUAGCUUGCAGAAAGUGUCACCUACGAAGCAGCAACAACAGACUCAGCAUUUACCACCCACAGCUCCGAAGCCGCAGACGAAUCGAAUACAACAGCAGCAAUUCAUGCAGCAUCAACAACAACAACAUCAGCAAACUAUGUACCAGCAGCAUAUUGAGGAUAAGCCACCGCUACCACCGACGGCCACGCAUCCGCUUUACAAACCGACGCAACAAAUAACACCUGGUAUGAAUUAUGUAGCCAGCACUUUAGACCCUCCGAAAGGUGGCUAUGUGCCUGUAUCCUCAACAGCACCAUUACAAAACCAGAAAAACUUCUUAGGGACCAAUCCUUGGGAGCGUGAAGAGCGCGAAAAGGAAGUGGAAAUGCGGCGUGAACAUGUGCGUCAAUGGCGGGAGCAACAAAUCGCCGAUAUUUCUUCCCUGCCACAAAGAACGCCACAGCAAGAAGAGCAACUCAAGACUCUUAUACUGGAACGUGAUUUUGAGCGGCGAGCUCAGGAGGCAGAAGAGCAUGAAGAUGAAAGUGAACCAUCGUACGAAAAGGAGAGCGCACAAGAAGUAUUCCGCCUUCAGACAAACAGCAUACAAAUGCCAGUGACUAACUUCAGACAAACAGAGAUAAAAACCUCGUCUGUGUUAGAUAAUAUUGGCGGAGGUACCAACAGCACGACCGGCUCUUUGGAGGAGUCGCCUUUGUCUUCGGCGCGCAGUUCAGCAGCUGUCGUAUCGGAUGCGGCGUCCGUGCUUCAGCAGCAGCAACCACCUCCUUUGCCAAGCAACCCACCGCCUGCGACAGGAGUGACCACGGCAGCAGCUACACAACCUAAAGGCAUUUUGAAGAACAAUCGCUACGAUGGGGCCAGCGGCGCCGCACCAUCCUCGCCAUCCAAAUCUCAAAAAUCGACGAGCUUUGCUGAUGAUCGACACUUGCAAUCCGAACACCCAAUAUCAAGUUUGGCCAAAAACUUGUCACAUAUAUCAAUCAGUAAUUCCGUUUCAACUGGCAUUUGCUCACCUACAACGCCUACUGUAGGUUCUUCAACACAGAAUACAAGUGUCGACAGUUCAACUGUUCCACCGCCUCCCCCGCCAGAGCGCAAUAGCUCUUAUCUCGUUAUGUCACAACAAAAAUUACGCAACUCCUCCAUCGGUCUUUUAAAAACAGCUACGAGCAAUUCUGCUGAUUUACUUAACCAGAACCAAAACUUGGGGAAUAAUUCGAAUCUAUUGAAUAAUAAUGCCACCAUAAAUAAUAAUAAUAACACCAAUAGUUGUAGUUUAAAUUCGUCCACGUCAGCAGGGACUCCUGCUGGCGCAACAAUAAACAACAACAUCACCACUAAUAACGCGCAGUCCUUAACAUUGGAACUAUUACCAUCCAGUUAUAUGGGCAACAGUAGUAUGUUGCUACGAGAUAACAAACGUGUUUCAUUCCAUAACGAAGAGAACAACUACAUAGGGGCAGCUCAGUCGUAUGGAACAACCGGAACAGGGUCAUCUUCUGACAUGUACUCCAUGAAUAGCGACUCCCAAAUUCCUCUAGAUCUGGAUGCCAUACUCGAGGAUAGAAACGUAAGUUUAUUAACGUAUCGGACCGUGAAUUUUUGAAUUUCAAGUUCCUUU